AUGGGCAGGAAGAGAAAGGAAAUCAAGAUUGAAGAAGAAGAAGAAGCUAACCCCCCUCAGCCAAAGAGUCCUUACUUCUCUUGGACCGAGACUCUUGAUGCUAUACUGAUACAGUGUAUGCUAGAGCUGGUCGAGAAGCAUCAAGUUGAUAAUGGCAACUUCAAGAAUGGAGAAUUUACUGAACUUGAAAACAUGAUGCACCAGAAGGUUCCUAGAUGCGGGGUCAAGGUUGAUCCAAAUAUUCGAUCGAGGCACAGGAAGCUGAAAAGGGAUUUUAGUGUUGUACACUUGUUGCGUUCAAAGGGUGGAAAUGGGUGGGAUGAGUUGACUCUAACACCAAUGGUGGAGGAUGAUGUGUUUGAUGAUCUGAUGAAGGUGCAUCCAAACAUCAAGAACCUCAACAAGAAGCCAUUCCCACACUACUAUGAACUUCUGAAGAUAUUUGGCGAAGGCGGAACAGCUCAAGGAAGGGUAACAGGUGGAAUUUCAGAUCCAGUUUACUCGCCUCAAACAUUUGUCAAUCUGGACAGCUUAGACUCACCCAUUAAUUUAGAAGAGCCGAAGAGCAUGGAGAUAUUGAAGGUUCCUUUCAACUGA